AUCAAAACAAAAAUCAAGCUGUUCUUGGCGCAUAGUUAGACUAGUAGGAGAGAUUUCUGUGGUACUAUAAAUAUAUUGUAUAUAAUUAUUCUUGUACCGAAAAUAUUGGCGAGUCUACCGAACGUUAACCGACCGUCUCUUAUUUUGUUUGGUCAUUACCGUUGCAGAUGGAACGCGUUUUAUUUCUAGACCAUAUUUUACAUUAACACUCGGCUACACACCAACACCCGACACAGCGGAAUUUCAGUAUAAUAUUGUUGCGAUGACAUUUGUUUAAUAUCACGCGGUUUGUUCAUUUUCGGUAACAAUGUAGAUAACAUUUCGGUUGUGCGAUUCUGUUACAAAGUGAAUAACAAUGCUUAUGGAUAUUGACUAUGAUGACACACCUAAUCGGUGUACAAAACUAGUGUAUUACGCCUGGAAGAUAUUCACGUGUCUGUUUUUGCAUGUGCUUUUAGUUACUAUGGUCGCCUUGUACUGUUUGUUGGGAGCCUUUGCAUUCGAACGACUAGAAAAAGCUCACGAGAUUGAAGUUAAGAAAAGUAUUGCCGUAAUGCGGUACAAUGUAACUUCAGAUUUGUGGAGAUUUACAACAGGCUCGUUGGUGCUUCAUCAAGAAAAUUUCACAGCAAAUGUUACCGAUCGAUUGUUAACAUUUGAAAAGGAUCUAAUAUUUGCAAUUAGACGAAGUGGUUGGGAUGGUGAAGAAGACACCGAAAUAAGACAAUGGACAUUUACUGGUGCUUUGUUUUAUUCAAUUAUAGUCAUAACUACCAUUGGUUAUGGCAAUAUUGCUCCCAAAACACUGAAUGGUAAGAUAGUAACCAUAUUUUAUGCCAUUGUCGGUAUACCUUUAAUGCUGUUGUGUUUAUCCAAUAUCGGUGACAUAAUGGCUCACUCCUUUCGAUUUCUUUACUGGAAAGUAUGUUGUUACACGUGCACCAGACGUCAAAAGCGCGUGCAGUCUUUAAGAAGAUCACGUAGCCAGAGGUCGACAACAAGAUCUCACGGAUCUCGUGCUACGUCUUUAAGAAGAACUGGACGAAUAUCACAAAGAUCAGCCGAUAGUGCAAUUGGAUUGUCAGAUUGUUCAAAAUUUACAAGAUCAUCUCAUUCAGACACAGAAUGCAGGUACUUUGAUAAAAUGGAACGAGAAAUGUAUAGAGGCGUUUCACCAAGUAGACAACGACCAAAUCGUUAUUUGCCACCUUCCAGAUAUUGUGAUACAGUACCAUUACGAAGACAUUCUCCUGCCAUAAAGCCGAGAUCUAUAAGUCAAAAUAGUGGACAUAGAAGUUCAUAUAACUAUAGUCGAUAUAGAACACCAAUAGACCUUAAUUAUUCUGACGGCGAUCAAUUUAAUGGACCAGAAAUGAAAUCAGUUGUACCUGCCAUCUUAUUUAAUAAAUAUGCUCUAGAUAGAGAUGAAUCUCUAAGAAUUAAUGCCAAACAGGGUGAAGAAAUCAGAAGAAAUAUUCGUGGUCAUUCAGCGGCUCCUAAUUUAGCUAGAGAGACGCCUACGAAUACACUACGAGUUAAUAGAAGUAAAACACCACAGCACUUAGCAGUUGAAGUUUCGCCGAUAGAUGAUCAGGAUUAUAAUCAGAAACCUAAAUACCGCCAACGACAUCGAAACUCUAAUCAGACUAAACGUUUAGAAGUUAUGGCACCCAGUCCUCGGAUCAUGUCUCCACUUGGAUUCGCUGUAAAUAGGCAAUAUCCUCGAAAAUCUAGAUUUAGUGAUUAUUACGAUGAUUCAGAUGCUUAUGAAUUUGAUGAUAAUAAUCCGGAUCACACGAAGCCAGUUCCCAUAUGGUUAUGCGUUUUGUUAGUGGUAAGCUACAUUAUUAUGGGAGCAUUUCUUUUUAAGAGCUGGGAACAAUGGGAAUUCCCCGAUUCUGCUUAUUUCUGCUUUAUUACACUUACUACAAUUGGAUUUGGUGAUUUUGUGCCUGCGCAAAGAGUAAUGAAUAAAGGCGAAGAUACCAAAUUACGAAUUUGGUUCUGUUCAUUAUACCUUCUAUUUGGUAUAGCUUUAUUGGCCAUGAGUUUCAACCUUGUUCAGGAAGAAGUUAUAAGCAACGUAAAAGCAGUAGCUCGACAUUUGGGCAUCAUUAAAGACGAAGACGAAGAAGAAUCUGACUGAUAUUAUUUUUUAUUAUCACUGUGUUUAAGUGUAAUAUUUUACUAUCAUUCUAGUUUAAGUGUAAAAUUGUAUCAACAUUUUUUAAAUUAACAUAACUACUACUUAUAUAGUAUUUCAAUAAAAUUUAUCUGCUUGUAAAAA